UUUAACAAGUUUGAAACAAAAGAUUUGCCAAAUUAAGGAAAAAAGUGAUGAAGGCGCUCAAUCCAGAAAAGGAUUGGGCUUGCCGGGCAGCCAAACACCCCCAAAUGAUGACUACAUAAUAAUAAAAAGCAGAGAGAGAGCAGAGGGUGCCACAAUUGUCAAAAAUUGUUGUCACAGAGAAGCAGCGUGGAGCUUCUUCAGUGUGAAGUAGUGAGCUUCAACUUCAACGAUUACAAAAGAAACCAGACUAGUGAGCUUCGUAGAAGCACUAGAAGCAUAAAAAGACGAUAAAUUUGAAUCUGAUUUCUGACAUGACCUUCAGAGCGUCACGCAUGUCAGCUCGAUCCUUUAAGCUUUUCACACAUUUGCCUUCCAUGCAAGCCCCUCCUCUCCUCUCUCGCCAGAUUAGCAUGGAUGUAAAAAGUUUUGCUUCUCGGCUUAGUAGUUCUGGCCUAUUACGUAGCCAGGGCCUUAUCGGAGGGAAAUGGUCUGAUGCAUAUGAUGGGAAAACCAUACAGGUUCACAAUCCAGCAACUGGCGAAGUAAUAACAACUGUCCCAUGCAUGGGUCAAAAGGAGACAAAUGAUGCAAUAUCUUCAGCCUAUGGUGCAUUUAAUUCUUGGAGCAAGCUCACUGCUGCUGAAAGGAGCAAAUGUCUAAGGAAAUGGUAUAAUUGCUGUCCUGUGAUUCUAUAUCUGGUUCACAAUCCAGCAACUGGCGAAGUAAUAACAACUGUCCCAUGCAUGGGUCAAAAGGAGACAAAUGAUGCAAUAUCUUCGGCCUAUGGUGCAUUUAAUUGUAUGGGAACUGAUCCACGUUGUGAAUUUGUGAUUACGUUAGACAGUUGA